GGGAGGAGCAUUUUGAAGUGAAGGACUUGACCAGUUGAACUACAAGCACCAGUUUAUUCCAAGUCCUGGGCAGUGUUAAGCGCUUUUGUACGAGAUUGUUUUUUCUUUUCGUACUGGUUUGUGAAAGUAAGGAACAACGCUGGGAAGGGAUAGGGGACUUUCAGCACAACAUUGGACAAAUGAUAGAUGUUUGACGAAGUUGAACUGAAGCUCCAAAAUUCAUAUUCCCUAUCCCCAGCGAAGCCGGGCCACCAAAGGACUAUUCUCCAAAGAAUAAAAUGCCAGCACAGUGUCUCACAAUGAUUGAAGUGUCCAUCCCGUCUUUGGAGAGAGCAGUGGACGAAUCGGGAAAGUUACGGAAACUUUUCAGAGUGGAGAUAUUGUUUAAUGGAAGAAAACACUUUGUGCUCAAGCGUCACACAGAGUUCCAGAACCUCCACAGAAAGCUGAAGAAAAUCCUGCAGACUCCAGACUUCCCUAGCAAGCGCAGCCCCCACCUGAGGCAGAAGCCCCUGGAACAGAGAAGGCAAGAACUGGAAGAGUACAUCCAGGAUAUUCUGUAUCUAAAUGAAGAGGUUCCUCAGGAAAUACUGGAUUUUCUGCAGGUCAAGCAUUUCCAUUCAGUGAACAAGAUCUGCAGUUUUGAAUCACUUGACGACUCCCAGACUAGGGACUUCAGAACCAGGAUCAUCUCCUGCACUGCAUUCCCAGGGUUGUCAACACAGUUCUUUCUCAGAGUACAGACAGUCAGCUACUACACCAGCGUGUGGUGGGCUUCUCGAAGGACCCCUACCUUCUGGACUCAGAUUCUGAUCUCCCAGAUGUCAUUGUCGAUGGUGUGCUCCAGGGCCUGUACCCGAGGGACAUCCGGGUCAGCUUCACUGCCUGCACCAAGCCAAACGGCCCUGAAGGAAGUGCUUCUGCCACAGCCCCCAGGAACACAGGCAAAAGUGACCAGCCUAAACUUCCAGAGACAGACUGAGAGGAACACCGUUCAUUUUGGAGGCAGCAGUAUCUUUGAAGACCACUUGACAUUUGCAACAACCCAUUUGUUUUAAGUGCCUUCAUUUUGGGUUAUUUAAAAUGGUUGGGGUUCCUGUACAAAGUGGUUUUUUUUUUUUUUUUUUUAAUGUCUCAUAUUGAAUAUGUGCUUUGGGGGGGGUGAAGCAAAGGAACCAGUUACCAUGUUCAUCAACCAGGUUUUUAGUUCUUAUUUUAAUAACUUGUAACUGGGUUUCAAAUAAACCCCCUGGUAUUUUCAUACUGUAUAUCCCCUCCUGGAAUACAAAAUGUGGUCCAUUCAUUUUUGCCAGAUGUGCAUAAAAUAAAAUAUUGGCAGGUACAAAAGCUCAACAGCUAUUUGCUCCAUCAGUUGCAAACUUGUGGUUCACAUUUGAUAUUAAUAUUGCCAUGUGCAGAAGCAACUGUUCUUGGCUAUAGCUCCUGUUACAUAUAUUCACGAUUCUUCAAUAAAAAUAGUAAAAUUUUAA